AUGCCCUCCGACAGAUCCCACAUACUGGAGGCCCGACUCCCCGAGCGCUCAACAGUGUUCACCGACCCUGACUUCACUGCUGCUAAGGCGAAAGAGCUUGAAGCGCUAGCCAACCACUACGCCGCCGCGCUCCCCCUGCGACCACGCCCAUUGCCACCGCGACCAGCGGACGCGGCCGGCGAGGUCGCGCUUGUGACGGGCACAACCGGCAACUUUGGCAGCAGCCUGCUCGAGGCGCUCCUUGCGAAGGACGACGUCGUACGCGUGUAUGCGCUCAACCGCGCAGGGACGAAUGCGCCGGAGCGGCAGCGCGCGGCGUUCCAGGAGCGAGACCUCGAUGAGGGACUGCUUGACGACGCGGCGCGGCUCAGGUUCCUGGACGUGGACUUCGCCGCGCCACGCUUCGGCUUGGACCAGGCCGUGCUCGAUGAGGUUAGCUUCGGUGCGCCCCUGGCGUCGUUCCGCGUGUUCCUCGACGCACUGCGCACUCUUGUCGACAUCGCGCUCGCCUGCCCGUUCGCCGAGUCCCCGAAGGUUCAAUUUGUGAGCUCCAUUGGCGUCGUCAUCAACCACCCCGGUCCCCCACCCGUGGGCGAGACCCCGCUCGAUGCGACGUCCGCGCUGGGGAGCGGCUACUCAGAGUCGAAGUGGGUUGCGGAGCGCAUGCUGCUCUCUGUCGCGGUGCAAACUGCGCUUCCUGUGCAGGUCGUGCGUGUCGGCCAGCUCUGCGGCGACCGCGACGGGCGGUGGAGCGAGAACGAGUGGUUUGCGCUCGUCGCGCGCGCGGCGCGCUUCACGGGGUGCCUUCCGGAUCUCGACGGCGAUGCGGCGUUCCUUUACAACCACGUGGCCGCGGCGGCCCUGCUCGAGAUACGCACGGCGCCCGCGCAAGUCCUGCAUCUCGUUCACCCGAAGCCUAUUUCCCUCCGCGCGUUGCUCGCCGUUGCCGCGCGCGAGCUCGACGUUCCGCGCGUUCCAUUUUUCGAGUGGUUCUCGCGCCUCUCGACCGUUGGGGCUGCCGCCACGACCGAAGGGGGAGCUCGGGGCGCUUUGUCUGUCGUGCGGAGCAACCCUGCGCUCGGGCUGCUUGGCUUCUUCGGCGCACCGGGAAGCGUCGGACGUGACGGUGCGAUGGCGUCGUACGUGCCGUUGUCCACGGAGGAGGCGGUGUCAGCAUCGGCGACGCUGCGCGCGCUCACGCCACUGGAUGCGAGCGUUGCGGUACAGUGGGUGGCGGGGUGGCGGGCCUCUGGGUUCCUUCAAGAGGGAUGA